GACCGGAUGUUUACACAGGUUUCGCUGUUCUCUAAAGCUGAAACAGGAAUUUCUCCAGAAAGAAAACAGUUUCUCCGUUUCUUCAUCAAAGCAGCAUGGGUGUGUUUGACAACUGCUUAGUGCUUCUGGAGCUCAAAAACGAGCCCUUCAAGGAGAAGAAGAGGCUGAAAUCAGCAGUGACGAAUAAUGGAGGCAAGAUUUCCUUCGUUGUCAACAAACAGUGCUCUCUGGUGGUGACCAACAGCUUGUCCAACCUGAGCUCCAGCAGGCUGCGCAGCAUCCAGAAGCUCCAGACGCCGGUGGUCGGCUUGGAUUAUGUCUACAACUGUGUGGAGAGAGGAGUUCUUCUGUCUGUGGAUGGAUACAAGAUGGAGGAUUCAUCUGCUUCAUCAACUCCUCCUCCUCCCGUGAGCUCACCAAGGAGAGGUCCACUAACUCAUAAAGCCGAGCUUCCAAAAGAUCCGGUCUCACCAGUGCGACCAGCUGCAAGAGGAAGCAAUCAGAAGUUCAGAAUUUACAAUGAAUCGGACUCUGCUCUCCCGGCGUUCCCUAAUGAUUUCCAGGUGGCAAAGUACUCCAUUUUCGGACAGGAGAACGGCAGCGGGUGGUGCGUGUUGGAGCUGCAGAGCGUCAGAGCUGAGCAAGGACAGCGCUAUCGUGUGGCCAGAUACAGGAAGGACGGCGUGGCGGCAAAGAAAGCGGCGGUGAUGGAUCUGGUGCUCCCGUCCACCUCAGAAGAAGCUCUGGAUGUUUACAAAUCACUGAGUGAAGAACUGGAGCGCUCUGAUCUGCAGAAGAUGAGCAGCCUUCCUGAUGAGACGCCACACCUUGGCUCCGCCCCCCUGCAGCAGCUGCUGCUGGAGGAGAAGCUGAACUUGGACACGUUGUCCCAGGAGGUGGCGGUGUUUGUGGAGAUGAUGUGGACCGAAGCUCUGGGUUGUCUCAGAAGAAUCCUCAGAGUUCCCAUCUCCAAGCUCAGCCUGAACGAUGUGAGCAGAGCUGAAGGCCUGCUGCUUCAGGCUCAGAAGAAACUGAAGGAAGGAAAUCAGUCUGAGGUGUUGUCUCUCCUGGAAGACGUUUUCAUCCUGCUGCCUCACUGGGAGCCCAGACCAUUGAUCCCUACCACCAAGUUUCUGUCUCAGAAGCUGGAUCUCUGUCAGUUAAUCCGAGACGUUCUAAACGUGAGUGAGAUGACCAUGAACAGCCCCGUGCCGUCCUGCGUGGGGAAGUACCGCGCUCUUCGCUGCAGCAUCGAGGCCAUUCCCCCCAGCAGUGCUGUGUUCCAGAACAUCGCCGCCCUGCUGGCGGACAGGCCCGUUCAGAUCCAGCAGAUUGUGAGGGUCGGCCGGGCGGUGGAACUUCAGACGUUUCAGAGCGAGCUCGGGAACAUUAAGCCCCUCCUACAUUCGUCCAGCCCCAGUAACUUCGUAGGAAUCUUGUCCAGAGGUCUGCUGCUUCCCUGGGUCGGAGUGGAGCAUCAUGGGAUUGAGAGAACCGACGUCGGGAACCUUGGCAGCGGGAUUUACUUCAGUGAUGCUCUGAGCACCAGUCUGAAGUACUCCGAGCCCAGUGAAACGGAUGGAUCUCGGCUCCUGCUGGUCUGUGAUGUGGCUCUGGGGUUGUGUAAGAACGUCCAUAAAAGAGACCUGACUCUGACCCAGGCUCCUAAUGGUUACCACAGCGUUCAUGGAGUCCGAAGCACCAACAAAACCACCUCUGAGUUUGAGGACGACGAGUAUGUGGUUUACUCUCCUGAUCAGGUGAAGAUGAAAUAUGUUGUUCAGUUCAGAGUGGAAGGAGACCAACAGAAGGACUUCAGUCCUAUCAUCAACCUGACUGCAGAGCCGUGUCAGCCUGCCGUGGACCUAGAGCUCACUUCAGAAUAUUAUGAAGAAGAUCUAGAAGAGGUUAAGAACCCUCUGGAGGACGUUACUGCUGGACUGCUGGACAGCUCAGGCCAGCAGCUCCCCCUGCAGGCCGUCCAUGUGAAAUGCAAACUGAUGGAUCUGCUCUCUCAGGUCGUCAUCUUCCAGAAAUACACCAAUCAGAGCUCGCCCAUCGAGGCGAAGUACGUCUUCCCGUUGGAUGAUUCGGCUGCUGUGUGUGGAUUUGAAGCUUUCAUCAAUGGAAAACACGUGGUGGGACAGGUGAAGGAGAAGGAGAAGGCUCGCAGGGAGUACAAACAGGCUAUAGAGAAAGGUCAUGGAGCAUACCUCAUGGACCAGGAUGCUCCCGAUGUGUUCACCAUCAGCGUGGGCAACCUGCCGCCCGGAGCCACCGUCCUCAUCAAAGUGACCUUUGUGUCCGAGCUGGUGGUCAAAGAUGGGAGCAUUCUGUUCUCCCUGCCGGGGAGCGUGGCUCCGUGGCAGGAGAGCUCCGCGCUCAACCAGACCACACAGGUCUCUGUGCAGAAGGUUUGUGUGACUGAUGAAGCAGCAAGAGAGUUCACGUUGGACAUGUCAGUGGAGAUGCCCAACAAGAUUUCUAGCCUGAAAUGCAUCACCCAUGAAGUCAAGAUUAAGAGGACGGACUGUAAGGCAGUGGUCAGUGUUCUGCCGGGUCAGGUCAUGGAUCCAGACGGUUUCCAGCUGUCUGUCACUCUCUCUGAGGUUCACCUUCCCAGAAUGUGGGUGGAGAAUCACCCAGACAAGGACAGCCAGGCCUGCAUGCUGGUUUUCUACCCAGACUUUGAGUUUGACUCCAGUUCUGGAGACAGUGAAGUUGUCCUUUUGCUGGACACGUCUGAGUCCAUGAGGGGGGAGUCGUUCCAUCUGGCCCAGAAAAUCGCCCUGCAGGUUUUAGGGAAUCUGAAGACAAACGUUAGGAUCAACAUCGUUUUGUUUGGAACAGAUCACACAGAAGCUUUCCUGACGGCUCAGCAGUUCGCUAAAGUUCAUGCUAAAGCCAAGAGGUUCAUCACUAGCUGCUCUUCGUUAGGGGGCAGCACUGAGCUGUGGAGGCCUCUCCGGGCCCUCAGCCUGCUGCCACCAUCUUCUGGCGUCCGCAACCUGCUGCUGCUGUCGGACGGCCACAUCCAAAACGCUGCCGUCACCCUGCAGCUGCUCAGAGACAACGCCUCGCACAGCCGCCUCUUCACCUGCGGCCUCAGCUCCACAGCCAAUUGCCACAUGCUGAGAGCACUGGCUCAGGCAGGGGGCGGGGCUUAUGAGUUUUUUGACACUAAAACUAAGCACACCUGGGCUGAGAAGGUGAAGCGUCAGGUGAAGCGCAUGUCGUCUCCUGGCUGCAGCUCCAUCUCUGUGAAGUGGCAGCAGUUCAACCCGAGAGCAGAUCCUCCUCUUCAAGCCCCGAAGCAGCUGCACGCUCUCUUCAACGACUGCCACACGCUGGUCUACGGCUUUGUGCCCCAUUGUACUCAGGCGACUCUUCUUGGAGACCUGCGUGGUCAGGAGCUUAAAACCAUGGUCUCAACAACAGAGCUGCAGAGGACCAGAGGAACAUUUCUUCAUAAGCUCACAGCGAGAGCCCUGAUCAGAGACUACGAGGAUGGAAACCUGGAUACCACUGAAGCUGAACACGAGGGUAAAAAAGCAGAGCUGAAGUCCUUCAUCGUUGAUCUGAGCAAAGAGUUCUCCAUACUAUCUCAGUUCACCAGCUUCGUGGCCAUCGAAGAGAGGGACUCUGAGAGAGCAGAGGACGGCGUCACGGACAUCCCAAAGCUGAUUGCAGAGGAGGAUGUGGACUUCUUGCCCUACAUCAGCUGGCCUCUUCCUCAGGACAAUAAAAUAGAUGAUAAAACAUAUCGUGACACUGAAUUGUGCUGUGAAUACGAUGUACUUCAAGCCGGGAUGUCUGUGUUUGCCUCUAAGAUGGGCCUUGACUUCUUUGACGAUACAUAUGAGGAAGCUGCUGUCACCAGUCCAGAUCAUUGGACUGACGGUCACUCUCUUGCUGAGGCUGCAGAACGUGAUGAAUCUGAGACUGACGGUCACUCUCUUGCUGAGGCUGCAGAACGUGAUGAAUCUGAGACUGACGGUCACUCUCUUGCUGAGGCUGCAGAACUUGAUGAAUCUGAGACUGACGGUCACUCUCUUGCUGAGGCUGCAGAACGUGAUGAAUCUGAGCCUAAAAACAUCACAUUUCCUGGUUAUUCAACGAGGAGUUGUUCCACGGGCUUGGGUUCUUCUGGCAGACCUUUUAGUUUAGGACUCCCAGCACCCACUGGGUUAUUUUCAGUGUGUACUGGUGCUGCACCCCAGGUCUCUUUAUGUUUGGGUUCUGCAUCCGAGGUCCUUCCACUCUGCGAUGCUGCACCCCCACCUCCCAUCAAUCUUCAGUCUGCAUUCACUUCCGCCUCUGGACUCUUUGGGCUCAAGAAGUCUUUGAGACGUGUUGAUUCUGCACCAAAGCUCCCCUCAAUUAAUGCUUCUCCACUCCAGGGCUCACUUUUUGGUACUGCUUUUGGUACUGUUCUUGGUACUGCUCCCCAGGUCCCUCCACCUUUUGGUACUGCACCCCAGGUCCCUCCACCUUUUGGUGCUGCACCCCAGGUCCCCCCACCUUUUAUUGCUGCUGGUUUAACACAGCCAGCACAAUUUCAGUUUGGCUCUGCAACCCCAGCACUUAGUUCUGCUUCUCCAGCAUCAAUCGGGUUCAGUUACGCAGCAGAAGCUCCUAGUUCCAGGUGCCCAUCCUCCUUUGGUUUUGCUUCAAUAAAGCAAAGCCAUAGAGCUUUACGCAAGUCUUCUGUAAACCUAGAUCAUACGAAUGUAUCUUCUAAAGAGAUUCAAAGUUCUGUAGACCACAGAACAGUCUUGGAAGUCCAAUCCCCUUUGCAAAAAAGCAAAUUAGGUAGUCAAUUAACAUUGUCUGCCAUUUUUUCUGAUCGUCUCCAUGAGGUUCAUUCCUUUUCAGCUCCUCCGCCUCCUCCUCCACCUGCCAGGUGUUCUGACAGUCUUCAAGCUGCAAAUAUUCCUCCUCCUCCCAUUCCCAUAUUAUAUCAGAUGAACCAGGCUUGUAUCCUGGAUUUAUCUUCUGGUGGUGGGGGUAGAGCAUCAGAAGCGAUGCAACCAUGUCAGCCAUUCUUUGAGUCCAGCAAUCCAGACCCAGAAGAACUGAGACUGAAGUGGACAAAGAUCUUCCAUCUGCAGCACGCAGACGGAUACUGGGAGUUGACCAUUGAGCUGGGAGAACUGGUCAAUUUCAACGUAGACUCGUUUGCCAACGUGUUCCUGAAGAACAAAGGCAUCCAUUCUCUGGGUGUGAAGGCCCACGCAGACAUCCUGAAGCUGGUGGCGACUCUGCUGGUUCUGCAGCUGAUGAGGAUGGAGAAGCUGGAAGAAGGAAAACUGCUGCAGAGUCUGUUUUGCCUGAAGGAGCCGUCACAGUCCAGGUCCGAGCGCUGGGAGCAGGUGAAGAAGGCAGUGGAAUGGGUUUGCAAGGCUGACCGUGAGUUUCCGUGUAUCUGCAGCCGGCUGGAGUUCGGUUGGAGCUGGGAGUCCUCCACCUGCCAGCUGCUGGGCUUUGAACGCCUCCCCCCAUUCUCGCCUCUCAUCGGUCUGGACCUGCAGAAGACCACUUCACCGCGGCUGCUCUACUGAGGAGAUGAGAUAGCUUUUUCUGAAAGAGACCAAAUAAGGUUCAAAUGUAUGUAUCCAUCAACAUGUUGCUUUUUUAAUGUUUUAUCUGCUUCAGCUUGUGUGUUUAUGUGCACGUAUGAAGAGCUGAAGAAGAUCCUGUGGUGAAUUUUCAUUUGAAGAUGCAUCUGCACGUAAACGGCAGUUAAAAUGAGAUGGCUUUAAUGAGAUUACACACACAGAUGGUGUUAGAGGAAAAAUAUUUUAUUGCAAUUACAAACAAAACUGCUAAUCAGAAACUGGAGAAGAUAAUUAAAGCCACAAUGUAAAAAAAAAAAAAACAUUUUCCUUCCUAACAAAUUCAGAAAGCCAAACCUUGGCGACGCACUUUUUUCCUCUUAUAAACAAACGAAAUUAGUUAAAAAUUAUGUUCUUUGGGAGACUUUUAUCAUUUCUGGCAUUUAUUCAUGUUUUCGUGUUUAUCAUAGGGUGUCCUGUUCUAAAGCUGAUCAGGUUUCUGGGUGAAAUCAGCCGAUAUCUGAAAUCAUUUACGGUUUUGCUCCUCGAUUAGGUUUAAGCAGUUUAAGGUGCCUCCUUUAUUUUUCAGAACUGUUGUAACACUUAGUUUUCAGUACACAUUUUCAGUCAACCUGAAGCAACAUUUAUAUACAUUACAAAAAUAAUCUAUGACAAGAACUUCUCAGAGGCCUUUUAAACACUUUAUUUGGGUUUUAUGUGAAGAAAAUCUUCCAAAGUUAUCCAAGUUUGGUGGUUUUGUUUUUAUACACGUGUUUAUUUUGUCUUUGGGAUCAUUUUUAAAUGACUAAAAUUAUGAAUGGGUUUGUGAAUCUGUUUCUUUUGAAUUACCAUUGGGCGAUGACAUCAAUAAAGUUUAGAAUGAAAUGAAAUGAACCAACCAGACUUUCUGGUCCUGCAGUGGCUUUUAAUCAUCUCCUGAUGUGAAUCUGUUCUAAUAACUUAACGUUUUGAUGAAUAAACUUCUACUGAUGAACCUUUUUGAAAGGGAUUUUAAAUCAA